AUGGCUUCCAAAAAGCUGCAGCAGGAAAUGGUCCAGGUCGACAGAUCCGAGUCUUCCUCCCCUUUCUGGCGCACCUCAUCCUCGAACAGCAAGCGUGAUGCCAGCCUCGCCGGCGAGAGAAAGGUCUUUGGAGCUUCAUACUCGCAUGCCGACAUUCUCAACUUCGACAACUUAAACAUCUCCAACAGCAGCACACCACGUCCCCACACCCCACCCUCGCGCGACAACCGACCGUCCCUCAAAACCUCGACCAGUCUCUCUCCUCCGGCCCCACGCCGCUCGUACUCCAAUUUCUUCGGCGAAAACACAAAGACCAAUGACUCACCACAAGACGAAGAAGCCCUGGAUUUUGACGAAGAUGAAGACGAGUUUGGCCUACCGAGCAUAGCGAGCAUGAGGAGGAAGGGCAAGAGACAAGUCGCAAAGAAGAAGAAAGAUCCAGGUGGCUCUCAAUCUUCUUUGACCACGGUUCCAUCAGCCACAGCAACACUGGCUUCUUGGUCCAUGAACAACGGGGACAUUGCCGAAGAACGUAGUUUGCCAAACUAUCCUACCACAAAACGAUCAGACGGAAAGAUCCUCCGACCGCAGUACAAAGAUAUCCUCAGAGAUCCUGCGAACGCCCUCCACUUGAUCAAUCAUGCUCCUGCUCCACUCAACGCCUCUCCGAAAGAGGUCGAAGCCCAUUCAGCCCGCAUCACUCGCAUCAACAAGUUCAAACGUAUCCUACAAGCCUCCUCGAUCAAUCUGGCUGAGCUGCGCGACUCUGCUUGGUCAGGCUUGCCUGAAGAGGUCAGAGCCAUGUCAUGGCAGAUCCUACUUGGCUACCUUCCGACGAACAGCGAUCGAAGAGUAGCCACGCUUGAGCGCAAGAGGAAUGAAUAUCUGGAAGCAGUGCGACAAGCUUUUGAGAAAGGCACAUCGACGAACGAGGCCGAGUCUGUGAUUGGCAUCGGCGGAAUAUCAGCAUCACCUGCGACUCAACGAGGCAAAGGUCGAGGGCUGGACGAAGCCAUCUGGCAUCAGAUCAGUAUCGAUGUUCCACGAACGAAUCCACAUCUUGAACUGUACAGUUUUGAAGCGACGCAGAGGUCUUUGGAACGCAUUCUGUACGUCUGGGCCAUCCGUCAUCCCGCAAGUGGGUACGUCCAAGGAAUCAACGACCUCGUCUCGCCGUUCUGGCAAGUCUUCCUUGGUAUGUACAUGACGGAUUCAGAGAUCGAAUGCGGUAUGGAUCCUGGACAGUUACCAAAACAAGUUCUGGACGCUGUGGAGGCCGACACUUUCUGGUGUCUGACCAAACUCCUCGAUGGCAUACAAGACAACUACAUUCAUGCACAACCUGGCAUUCAACGACAGGUGGCCAGUCUUCGCGAUCUGACCACGCGUAUUGAUAGCAAUUUGGCGAAGCAUCUCGAGAAUGAAGGGGUCGAGUUUAUACAAUUCAGUUUCCGAUGGAUGAACUGCUUACUCAUGCGUGAGAUAAGCGUCAAAAACACCAUCAGAAUGUGGGAUACGUAUUUGCUAAUUCUACAGGCCGAGGACCAAGGAUUUUCCCACUUCCAUCUCUAUGUCUGCGCUGCUUUCCUGGUCAAAUGGUCGGACCAACUACUCAAGAUGGACUUCCAAGAAAUCAUGAUGUUCCUGCAAGCUCUGCCUACUCGCGGCUGGAACGAAAAAGAUAUUGAGCUUCUCCUCAGCGAAGCUUUUAUCUGGCAGAGUCUCUUCCGAAACUCCAAAGCUCACAUCCAGAAAAGUUCUCAGAAUGGUCCACUCUCUGUCACGCUAUAG